CAUCAUCUUCUUCUUCAUAUUCUCUACCAAAGAAAAUGGUUCUAAAAAAUUUGCUAAAACCUAGACUGCUUCCAUCGCCGGUGGUCAAAUCCGGUCCCUCCGAUCUCUCCCUUCUUCCUCCUCCGCCGGAAUUCUCUCCUCUUCCUCAUAAUCCCACACUUUCUCUAUCAAGUGCCGCCACCCACACUCAGCUAACUCAUUUCCUCGAAACUCAUCUCAAACCCUCAUUCACUCCAAAACAUCUUCUCUCCUUCCUCAAAAAUCGCCUCCGUUACCACACUAAAUUCGCCCAUCUAGAUCUCCACAUCUUUCGUCACGCCGCUUCAAUCGAUUCCUUUCGACAUGAUCACUCAACCUUUGAAUGGAUGGUCCGAACCCUAGCCGUCACCGAUAGAUUUGAAGGUCUAGGUUUUGUCCUCCAAUUCAUGGUAUCAAACCCUUGUCCAUGCUCAGACGGUAUAUUCUCUUGCUCUAAAUCAGAAUCUACUUUCCGAUUCGCCAUUAAUUCAUACUGUAGAGUUGGUAGAUUGAACGAUGCCCUUAUUACAUUUGAUUACAUGAAGAAAACAAUUGAUGGUUUGCCUAGUGUAGAUCUGUAUAACAUCUUGAUUCAUGGUUUUGUUAAGCAUAAUCAGCAUGUAAAAGCAUGUGAAUUGUAUAGUAGAAUGAUUAAGGAACGAGUUAAACCCGAUGUAUUCACCUUUAACAUCUUGAUCAGUAGUUACUGUCGCAAUCGCCAAUUCGAAUCAGCCUUGGAAAUGUUCAAGGAGAUGAGAGUUAAUGGUUGUAGCCCUACCGUGGUUAGUUUCAAUACUCUAAUCAAGGGUUUCUUUAGGGAGAAGAAGUUUAACGAGGGAAUCAGGUUGGCAUAUGAAAUGAUCGAAUUGGGUUACAAUCUUUCGAGAGUUACGUGCGAGAUUUUGAUUGGAGCUUUGUCUGGUGUGAAUCAGAUAUCGGAAUCCUGCAAUCUAGUGAAGGAUCUUUCAAAGAAAGGAGCUUUACCAUCUGAUUUUGAUUACUUUGAGUUAAUUGAAAAGCUUUGUGAGAAAGGAAACGUUGAAAAGGCAAAGGAUUUAGUAGAGCAGUUAUGGAGCAACGGGAAUGUUCCAAGUUUGAUUUCGUGUACAACUUUGAUAGAGGGUUUAAGGAAGUCGGGGAAAAUUGAAGAAGCAGCUGCGAUAAUGGAGAAGAUGUUUAAAGAGGAUAAUGUUGUUCCUGAUAUUGUUACCUAUAACUGUUUAAUUCGGGAUAUGUGCGAUAGAGGAAGAAGUAUCGAAGCAAACGCGUUAAGGUUGUUGGGUUCUUUAAAAGGAUUAGAACCGGAUGGAACAACUUAUAGUAAUCUGGUUUUGGGAUAUACUAAGGAAGGUAAGAAGAAGGAAGGGUGUCUUAUGAUAGAGGAGAUGUUGGAUAAAGGGUUUAUACCUGAUAUUGCUACUUAUAAUAGGUUCAUGGAUGGACUUUCCAAAAAUAUACCACAUUUUCUUAAGAUAAGAUGAUUAUGUUUUGCAGAGGUUGUUAAAUG